AUGUCCACCGAAUACCUCCUCGGAGGGAGCCCGACGUCGGGCGUGCCCGCUGUGACGUCCUUCUCGGCCGACGACGGCUGGCACACCAUGACGAACGCCGAGCCGACACCGACGCCGUCCCGCCGUCCGCUGAACAGUGGGAUUGGAGCUGACAGCAAGACAAUCUACCUUGUCUUCCUCGCCGUGCUCGUUCUCAUCGUGAUCCUUGCGAUCCUCCUCACGAUACGACGCUACCGCCUGCGUCGACGAUACUGGACCGCAACACAGCUGGCGAUCUCGCGCGGUGAACCCCUGCCCCCAGCGCGUUGGGGCGAUGACGACCCGUGGGGGCUACUCUUCCCCCGGCCUGAGCGAUGGCAGGGGCGCAGGAAGGAGAGGCGGUGGAUGCGCGUACCCACUCUGUGGGACGCGGUGGACACGGACGGGGAGAUCUGGGAGGCGACCGGACAGAGCCGCCUCCCUCCCCCGCCGAAACCGGAGCCCGUACUCCCGGCCCCCGUUCCCCCACCGCAGGGACUGCACGCCGUCGGCGAUGCGAUUCGGCGCGGCUGGCGUGGCGCCGAGCCGCCCCCUCCUCCCCCGCCGAAAGUGAAGGAGCCGAAGGAGUCCGAUCGCCCGCUCGAGGCCGAGGAACCCGUCCGCAUCGCCGUGCUGAUCCAGAUGCCCGUCGACCCUAGCGCGCCGGCACCGCUGUACGACGACGCCGACGACGAGGUCGCCUGGCGCCCCGGCAUGGAGCUCGGCGUAUGGGAGGGCAACCUCGCAGGCAGCACGAACGGCAUGCGCGCCCACGAGGCAGAGCAUGUGUGGGCCUACCCUCCUGCAGGGUAUGGCGAUGGCGGCUUGGAGUCUGAGCCCCCGGCGUCGCGACCGGGUCGUGCGGGUCGGGGCCCGGCGCAAGCACAGGCGGCGCAGUACGCUCCCCCCUCCGGACCCCCGCCGGGCCUGUACAGCGGGCACGGCGCUGGCGGAUUCGACGACCGCCAGCCGCAAACGUACUCCUCGUCUAGCGCGGGCAUAUAUGGAGGGUACGGCUCGGGCGGCCUCGAGUCCGAACAGGGCAUGUAUGCCCCGCCCCCCGGCCCGCCGCCGACGACGUACCCGCCCCAAAGGCAGAGUUGA